GGGCCACCGACCCCACCCCCUGCCUUGAAAUUUAAAGGAGGCCGGAGCUGUGCAGGGAGAUUGGAGCUGAGGUCCUGCAGGAGCCCAGGGCUGAAGAGAAAGCCUCUCCCAGGGAGGGAAGGAAGACAAGCAGUGACGAAUUUAAGGGACGCUCCAAAGGAACGAUGAAUAACCUGAGGAAAGAGCUGGUGUUCACCCUGCUGUUUUGUGGGGCAGCCCUCACCUUGCCCAGCCAGGAAAUCCACCCACGAUUCAGAAGAGGAGCCAGAUCUUACAGAGUGACCUGCAGGGAUGAAAAAACACAGAUGCUGUACCUGCAGAAUGAGUCGUGGCUGCGUCCCGUACUCAGAAGCAACCGGCUGGAAUACUGCUGGUGCAACAGUGGUCGCUCGCUGUGCCACUCGGUGCCCGUCAGAAGUUGCAGCGAACCGAGGUGCUUCAAUGGGGGGACGUGCCGGCAGGCUCUAUAUUUCUCAGAUUUUGUCUGCGAGUGUCCUGAAGGGUUUUCAGGGAAACGCUGUGAAAUAGAUGCCAGUGCCACAUGCUACAAGGACCAGGGUAUCACCUACAGGGGCACGUGGAGCACAGCGGAAAGCGGGGCCGAGUGUAUCAACUGGAACAGCAGCGUACUGGCCCUGAAGCCCUACAACGGACGCAGGCCAAACGCCAUCAUGCUAGGCCUUGGGAACCACAAUUACUGCAGGAACCCAGACAGAGACUCAAGGCCCUGGUGCUACGUCUUCAAGGCAGGGCAGUACAGCACUGAGUUCUGCAGCACGCCAGCCUGCCCCAAGGAAAAAAACGGGGACUGCUACUUUGGAAAAGGGUUAGCAUACCGUGGCACCUACAGCCUCACCACGUCUGGUGCCUCCUGCCUCCAGUGGAGUUCCAGGGCCCUGAUAGGCAAGGUCUACACAGCGUGGAAGAACAACGCCCAGGCACUGGGCCUGGGCAAACACAACUACUGCCGGAACCCAGAUGGAGAUGCCAAGCCCUGGUGCCACGUGUUGAAGGACCACAAGUUGACGUGGGAAUACUGUGAUGUGCCCCAGUGCUCCACCUGUGGGCUGAGACAGUACAAGCAGCCUCAGUUCCGCAUUAAAGGAGGACUCUACGCAGACAUCACCUCUCACCCGUGGCAAGCUGCCAUCUUUGUCAAGAACAGGAGGUCACCAGGGGAGAGGUUUUUGUGUGGCGGAAUACUGAUCAGUUCCUGCUGGGUCGUGUCUGCUGCGCACUGCUUGCAGGAGAGGUAUCCUCCCCACCACCUUAAGGUGGUCCUGGGCAGAACGUACCGAGUGGUCCCUGGAGAGGAGGAGCAGAAAUUUGAAGUAGAAAAAUACAUCAUCCAUAAGGAAUUUGAUGACGACACUUACGACAACGAUAUUGCACUGCUGAAACUGCAGUCAGACUCGCUACAGUGUGCCCAGGAGAGUGACACUGUCCGCACCGUCUGUCUCCCUGAAGCUGACCUGCGCCUGCCUGACUGGACAGAAUGUGAGCUGUCUGGCUACGGCAAGCACGAGGCGUCUUCUCCUUUCUAUUCUGAGCGGUUGAAGGAGGCUCAUGUCAGGCUGUACCCAGCCGGCCGCUGCACGUCACAACACUUGUUUAACAGAACCGUGACGAACAAUAUGCUGUGUGCUGGAGACACACGAAGUGGUGGGAACCAGGCAAACAUCCAUGAUGCCUGCCAGGGUGACUCAGGUGGCCCCUUGGUGUGUAUGAAGGACAACCACAUGACUCUAGUUGGCAUCAUCAGCUGGGGCCUUGGCUGUGGGCAGAAAGAUGUUCCAGGUGUAUAUACCAAGAUUACUAAUUACCUAGACUGGAUUCAAGACAAUAUGCGACCAUGACCAAGGACUCCCAGUUCCCUGACAUCAUGGGAGGAAGCCCCAGCUUCCUCCACUUCAGAAGACACACCAAGGCGGGGUGCUUCUUCACAGAGAUGAGCCAUAACACAGUACAAGUGGGUGGCGGGUGGGGGGAACCGAUAGGAGAGGGGAGAGGAUAGGUUUUCACAGGUACUUCCCAUUUUAGAAGUUUCCAGGGGCUAAGAUUGGAUUUCAGAC